AUGGGUAGUUCCAUGGUUUAUUUUCCCAUCCUUAGCGUUGCCCCGGAGUAUUUCGAUCGCCAUCGCGGAGCUGCGAUGGGAUUUAUUCUGAGCGGCGCUAGCAUUGGGGGACUGGUACUCUCCCCCCUUAUUCGAACGCUUCUGGGCGUCAUUGGCGUACGCUGGACACUACGAGCAAUGGCCCUUGCAAAUCUGGUCAUCACCCUUCCAGUUGCAAUAUCCGCUCCUCCAAGCCGCAGCAUGACCAGAAGAUCAACGCUGGUCAACAUACGACUUGCAAAGAAGCCUGUAUUUAUCCUACAGUCUCUUGCAGCCUUACUGCAGGCGAGCGGAAAUUCUGUUCCAAUGACGUUUUUACCUGAGUUCUCAACCGUCAUCGGUUUUUCUGUUUCCUUUGGUGCCGCUCUUCUUGCCGUUAAUAAUGGUAUCAAUGCAGUGUCACGAGUCCUCAUGGGUGUUACAGCAGAUAGGCUAGGGAGGCAGAAUACGCUGGUCCUGGGUGUUGCUGGAAGCGCCGCGAGUGUAUGGUGUCUAUGGCUCGCGGCUGCUGUUAAUGGAGGAAAAGCCGCUUGGCUCACAUUCGUGGUUGUAUAUGGAAUCCUAGCAGGUGCAUUCAAUGCGCUCUUUCCAACCACAAUCACGGAAAUCUUUGGCGUGCAUGCCUACGCCUCUGUCAAUGGCUUCCUCUACUUUGUGAGAGGUCUUGGUGCACUCUUUGGCUCCCCCGUUGCUGGUUUUAUCCUCGGGGAUUCUCGUGUUCCUUCGCCGGGUCAGGAGACCUCUACUCUGCUGCAUGAUUAUCGGAACAUCAUUUGGUAUGAUGGCGGCCUUCUCUUGGUCUCAUCCCUUUGUGUGAUUGGGGUACGUGGUUUUGAUGCACUAGAGAAACGCAAGUGGGCCUGGAGAGCAUAG